AUGACACGUCGUCUUAUUGUGCUCUUUGCCCUGCUUGGGUUUGCCUCGGCGGCUCAAUUUUCGGUUCCUCUUCGAAAAUCUGGAUCUUUGAGACAGAAGAUGAUAAAGGAAGGCCGUUAUUCGGAGUACUUGCUGCAAAGAAAAAGUACUGGAAGGCAGAAUUUCUUUGAUACGAUGGAUGAAUUUUACUUGGCUGAUAUUUUUUUGGGAACUCCUGACCAACACUUCCGUGUCUCUGUCGACACCGCUUCCUCAGUCGUGUGGGUUCUUGAUGCCAACUGUGACAGUGACAAUUGUCGUGGACUUGUGCAAAAUGUCCCUUUGAAACAUACUUACAAUAGCUCCGCCUCCUCAACAUUCCAAGAUUCCAACAAAACCUUUUUGUUUCCUUAUAAAGAAAUCUCUGAGGUCUAUGGAUUGCUUGGAAAGGAAAAAGUGUCCAUGGCUGGAUUCACGUUGACCAACCAAGACUUCAUUCGGGCUACAGUAGUCCCAGACUUCUACACUGAACAACCAGUUGAUGGAGUGCUUGGUCUGGGAUGGCCGGAUCAGCAAGAACUGUAA